AUGGACGGUUCUAAUCGCCUGAAAGAUUUUUUGCAGCUACAGCUAGCCUCCGACUCCUACGCCGUCUUGCACCUGCCCUUCGUCCUGGAAACCCUUUCGAAGGAGGACUUCUUGCCUUCCUCCCACACGCUGAAAUGGAUAGCCCGCGUCAACUCCCUCAUACACUCAAAGGAUCCUGCGGCGAGGUGGAGUGGAUUGUGCCUGGCAUUCCAGACGGCCACAUUUUCUAGAGACAUCAUGCUGGAGUGCGCUCAGAGUUGGGUCGGAGCGGCAAUGCCGUUGCUCGUAAACCAACCACUACCCACAACCAAGGCCGCUAUCAGACUAUUAAGACUCGUUUUCUCGAGUGCAAUGGAUGUUACGGAGUAUCAGCGUCAACUUUGCAUCCCCAACGUCCCAAAGUACGCCAGUGCCCUCAUUGCACUCCUCGAAAAGGACUCCAGCACAGAGACCGCUGUCCUGGCCAUUGACACACUGGAACAUAUCGUGUCCCUCUACCCCUCACUCUGCCGACCCCUCCACAACCAAUUAUCCAACGUGGCUCUGCGCUCGCUCAAUGGCUCGGCCCCAACACCGAUGUCAGACAAGCUUGUCGAAGCAUGCUCGCGGUUGUACGCUGUACUGCCUCUCACUGGUGGGAAGGUGAACGCUCCUAGUCUUUGGCGAAAGUCACUGGACGAUACAAUGACCUUCGCUUGGGGUGCUUUCCUACAAGUGAGGACCACAUAUCCUGACAGAGGGUAUGGUGUUCCUCAUCUCGCACCUCCGUCAGACGAUCCAAUCGUUGAUGUUCCGUUGGCUUUGGAUCGUCUACGUGCAGCUACUCGUGUAAUUGGAGAUCUCCUUAGGACGAGCACCUCACGCCCUAUAUCACUGCCUGUGGGGCCCUUGGUACGAUUAUGCCUGGCUCUGCUACAGUCCACGUUAGAGGACAAGGGUAUUGCUCAUGCAAAUCAUGUCGUACAUGCGCUGGAAGCCUCCGUCAUUCCGACGCUGUGGGGUUUCGCCUGCGAGAUACUGAUUUCCGUGGCGAAAGCAGGUCGGCAUCAUUUGACCCCUCAUCUGCCACCGCUUCUGACCAGUCUUGCGUAUCAUCUGGAGCAACCACAAAAUCUAAUUGCAUCGCGGUUGGUUCGUGCGACCUUACCUAAGCUUGCCAUCCUGUUGUCAAAACGUUCACAAGCCGGUACCGAGAACGAGCAAGCAUCUGGACAAGGGAGAAGCAAGAAAGGCAGAAGACAUGCGCGCGGCUACGAGGGCGAUGAAGUAUUCAAGGUCGGUCGCCGGAUCGUAUGCGUUACGGCAGAGGAGGGCGAUGUUCUCCUUGUCUCCGUCGAUCUGCUCGAAAUCCUUCUGAGUAGAACUCAGGUCAACGCGCCAGUACACUCGAUUGCGUCCCGACUCUUGCUCGCGAUCUACGCCUCUCUCCCGCAGCUGCCGCCCAGCAUCUUAUCGUCGGAUCUGUCCCUGAAGCAACGCUUAUGUGCUAAACUCAAACGGCUGUGCAUGGGUCUCGCGAUCGGGACGACAAGCACCAUGAGCAAAUGCGUCGGCCUCGUACUGAGCAUAUCGGACGGCACGGUCGAUGAAGAUGACGACCUCACUGUACACACCACAGUUGACCUUCUACUUCAUCCGCGUGCCCCGCCAUUGGUGCGAUCCCUGCCCCAUGUCGAGCUGCUAUCGCUUUUCCGUGCCGAAGAGGGUGAGGAAGAAGCGGACACUCGGAGACGUGUUGGCCUACAUGUCCUAGACGAGCGCAGCGACCGACUACCGGACGCGACUGGAAGCCAGACGCCGCACGAGGCAGAGUGGACAAGGUUACAGCCAUCUGUACCGCAAGCAGCGAGAAGCCCCGGGGCGCCGUCAGCACAGGAACCCUACGGCACUGUAGCCAUGCAGGUCGAUGUCUCUCCUCUUGCUCCAACGGCAGGUCAAGCUUCGCGGGAUCCGCCAUCCUCUGCCGGGUUGGAACGUUCGCAACCCCCGACUUCCUUCGCACACAAGCAGUCGGCGACCCACCGGACAGCGCAAUCACCGUUGCCGCCGCCUGAUCCAUUGCCGUCUAACAGUACUGCAUUAAGUCUGGAAUCGAAACCCGCUUCAGAUCUCCCCGUAACCCAAGCAACUGCCCCCCUGAUGGAGGACGAUGACGAUGACGAGCCAAUGCCCACUAUAGACCUCGCUUCGGACUCCGAAUCCGAGUAG